AUGCAGUCCUGGGCGCAGCUGGCCCCAGAGCUGCUGGACAGAAUUAGGGAAGUCGCGGAGCAAGGCUUGCGGCAAAGGGAUGCUGCCACGGGGAUUGACAAAGGCAGAAAUGAAGACUUCCAGGGGGGCCUGUGCGAGGCAAAGUGGUUCAUAAGGGCUGCCCAUCUGAUAAAUUCCCACUGGUCACGUUGGGCGAUACAGAGCACUGUUGAGUUGAAACCUGAGUUUGUGUCUUUGCGUGAGGUCGUCGAUGCGAUGAACAGUCGAUUGGUGAGCGUGAAGCGCCUGAACCUGUCCCAUUGUGCAGGAGUGGAUGACGAGGCAUUGAAGGCCCUCGGCAAGAAUUCCGCUAUCUGCCAUGUGCAGUUGAGGGGAUGCAUCGGGUUCACCGAAAAGGGUUUGCAGGCUUUAAUUGCCUCAGACUCAUUGUCAGCACUUGAUCUCAGUGGAUGCAAAGGAAUAAACGAUGCAGCACUGGGUUUGCUGGCCAGCUGUAACAAGCUGCGGCAUCUUCAGCUGUGCCAUUGCCCUCAAGUCAGCGAUGCAGGACUGGAGGCUCUGGGGACUCAGACAGGCCUGCAGAGUAUUGCAUUGGAUUAUUGUGAGGGAAUCUCCCCUAAAGGGCUGAGUUUUCUGACAGGAAUGGUAUCAUUGCGCAGCGUUGCACUCAACGGCAAUCACCGCAUUAUUACGGAUGUGGGUAUGUUGUCUUUGGCACAGCUGAAAAUGUUGCAGCACCUUGAGUUGGGCAGCAGUGGGCAAGCGGGUGGACGGAUGACCGACGAGGGGUUGCGAGUGCUGUCCACUUUGACAGGACUCCGACAUCUGAUUAUUUUGCACUGCCGUGCAAUCACAGAUACAGGCUUGAGCUCGCUGGCAAACCUCACAAGGCUUCAGCACUUGGAUCUGUUUUCAUGUUCCGGCAUUACCGACAGGGGGAUGCUAUGGCUGGCAGAUCUGACGGCAUUGUGUUACCUGAACUUGGGGGAGCUCGGGGAGAUCACUAACAAGGGUUUGGUGGCAUUGAGUGGCCUAAAGUCACUUGAGUACCUGAAUGUCAGUGCUUCAGAUGUUACAGAUGAAGGGAUGAAGCUGGUCGCAGGUCUGACAGCACUUCGCCAUUUGAACUGCUGCAAAUGCCCUUUCAUAACGGAUGAAGGGGCUGCGUAUACUGUCAGAUCUGAAACAUCUGCAGUACUUGGACAUGCGUGA